GCGUGGGGAAAGCUAAAUGUACGCGGUGUGGGGGGAACCUGAAAAGACCUGAGUUCAGUUUCGGUUUCUUUCAUUAUCCCACCGAGUUUCUCCGUGAAGCAGCGACGGAAUCAGAGAAGCGCCUCAUGAACUCGAUUCUGGUGAAGCUGAAGGGGCCGAAGAAAAGAGCAGAUGAGGGGCAGCCUCGUCGGCCCGAUUUCUGGAUCGAAACCUCCGGUUCUAUCUCCCAGAUCUGCAGUUUCGACGCCGAUGGCCAUCUCUCCGUUAAGAUUGCUAAUGAUUCACGGCCAAUAAUCCAGAGAAUGGUUGAAUCAUUCCGUAACAAAUUCUUUCCAUCAGGAUAUCCAUAUAGUGUUAAUGAAGGAUACUUGAUUUAUACCCAAUUUCGAGCUCUACAACACUUCUCCAGUGCUGCAUUAUCUGUCUUGUCAACUCAGUCACUACUAUUUGCUGCAGGUUUGCGGCCUACCCCUGCACAAGCGACUGCUGUGAGCUGGAUUAUAAAAGAUGGCAUGCAACAUGCUGGGAAGCUCAUCUGUAGCAAUAUGGGUGCAAGAAUGGAUUCAGAGCCAAAAAGUUGGAGAAUACUUGCUGAUGUACUUUAUGAUCUCGGUACUGGCUUGGAGGUCAUUUCACCUUUAUGCCCACAUCUUUUUCUAGAAAUGGCAGGUUUGGGAAAUUUUGCAAAGGGACUGGCUGUUGUCGCUGCAAGGGCUACCAGGUUACCAAUUUAUUCCUCUUUUGCGAAAGAAGGUAAUCUUAGUGACUUGUUUGCAAAAGGAGAGGCCAUCUCCACCCUUUUUAAUGUUGUUGGAAUAGGAGCCGGCAUUCAAUUAGCCUCAACAGUGUGCUCAUCAAUCCAAGGAAAGAUGAUAGUGGCUCCUCUGCUUUCUGUGAUACAUAUUUAUAGUGUUGUAGAAGAAAUGCGAGCAGCUCCAGUGAACACACUUAAUCCACAGAGGACAGCCAUGAUCAUAGCAGAUUUCGUCAAGAGUGGAAAAGUUUCUAGCCCAGCUGACAUUAGAUACCGAGAAGAUCUUCUCUUUCCUAACCGCAUUAUAGAGGAAGCAGGAGGUGUGAUGGUUGGGCAACCACUUAAAAAGAUUGUGAAGAAGCCUUCGACGCUGAGAGAACUGAAGGACAUAUUCCCAAAGGAAAAGUUUCUGAUCAGCCUGAAGAACAAAUGCAACUACAUGGUCCUUGAGCAGAACGCAUCAGGGGAGGAUGCACUAAGGGGGUGGUUGGUUGCAGCUUUUGCAGCAGAUAUGAAGACGGCAGGUCAGAAAUCAGGAGUACCCAUGUUGUAUGCAGCAUAUGAAAGGAUGGAGAGUGUUUUUCCAUUUUUCUUAUCUGAAUUGAAGAUGAGAGGAUGGCACACUGAUCAAUUCUUAGAUGGAAAUGGUAGACGGUAUGCAUUUUAAUUGUUGCAAAAUUUGUUUCGUUCAAACGUGUACAGCUUCUAAACCAGUUUUGUUUUCUUCAGACAUACCAUAGGUGAUCUCUACUCUUCAUUCUUUGCAUGUUUUGCAAAUGAUCAGUUGUUUUCUAAUAAUGAACAUGUACAUUGCAUAA